CCCUCAGCGUGGCUCACUUCCGGGCUUCCUCCCCCUCAGUGUAGAACGCGAAUGAGGCGGCAGUCAGAGUGAAAGGGAAGAGCCAAGACUUCGCCGCCUCCCUCCCUCCCUCCCUCCGGGCGGGCUCUUCCCGGCUGGGCGGAUGGAACGCCGCGCUGGGAGGUGGAAGGUCGACCCUGGCAGGGAAGCGCGGGCCCCUGGCGGAGUGGAGGCGGCCUCCUCGGCGGCGGCAGAGCGCGUGGUGCUUCCUUCACGGCAGUCUGGAAAAAAGAAACUAAAGACUUUCCAUGGAAAAUGGUUACUCAAAACAUCAACAAACUUUGCGGUGAUCUUUCAUAUAUCCAAGAAUGGACAUUAUAGUCUAUGAUGAUUACUCCAGUCCACCGCUUCAGAGACAUUGAAAGGAAACCGGAAUAUCUCCAGCCGGACAAGUGUGUCCCACCUCCCAACAACGGUUCUUCGGGAACCAUGUGGUUUAUCCGAGAUGGCUGUGGUAUCGCCUGUGGAGUCAUCACCUGGUUUUUGGUCUUCUAUGCUGAUUUUGUAGUCAUCCUUGUUAUGCUGCUUCCUUCAAGAGACUAUAUCUACAGUGUGAUCAACGGAAUAGUUUUCAACACUUUGGCAUUCCUGGCUCUGGCUUCACAUAUGCGAGCAAUGGUAACAGAUCCGGGUGCUGUUCCCAAAGGUAAUGCCACAAAGGAAUUCAUAGAAAGUUUACAGCUGAAACCAGGACAGGUGGUUUACAAGUGUCCAAAAUGCUGUAGUAUCAAACCAGACAGAGCACACCACUGCAGUGUUUGUAAGAGAUGUAUACGGAAAAUGGAUCACCACUGUCCAUGGGUUAACAACUGUGUAGGAGAGAACAACCAGAAGUACUUUGUACUGUUUACAAUGUAUAUAGCACUGAUUUCUCUGCAUGCCCUGAUAAUGGUUGGAUUUCACUUCUUGCAUUGUUUUGAAGAAGACUGGACAAAGUGCAGUUCUUUCUCUCCACCAACUACUGUGAUCCUACUUAUUCUCCUGUGUUUUGAGGCUCUCCUCUUUCUCAUCUUUACAUCUGUUAUGUUUGGAACGCAGGUACACUCCAUUUGCACAGAUGAAACGGGCAUAGAACGGCUUAAAAAGCAGGAGCCAACUUGGGAAAAAGUCAGCGGCUGGGAAGGGAUCAAGCUGGCUUUCGGGGGUCAAUUGUCACUGCAAUGGUUCAAUCCUCUUUCAGACCUCAGUUGCAAGAAGUCUCCGCCAGCUGGGACAGCAACCGUUGCUCCGUCUGAGAUGGUGGUCCAGGAAGCUUUUGAGCAGCUUUCUGAUCAAGAUGUGGUUAUAGAAGUGUGCAGUGAAUAACAGAAAGUGCCUGUACCAAUGUCAGUAUCCUGUUGAAAUGUGUGCACUUGAAGCUUAGCUUUUAAAGGAUCAUGUUGCAUGAAAGCAUUGAGAUUUUACCAUUUCUCUAGCUGAAGGCCUCACCAAAUCAAUGCAAAACAAGUACAUUCCAAAUGUUUUUACUGCUGAUGAUCAUUUAACCAAAGUUCCACGAAGUUCCUAUACAAACAAUGACAAAGUUGACCAUUCCUUUAAAAAUGCAAUACAAAAAAGGCAAACUACCAAGCUUAGCUUAAGUUUUCAUAGUCCAUUUGGCUGUGUAUUGUGUUCUCAAGUAGUGCAAAGAGUGGUCAAGCAGAGACCCUGGAUUUUUUUUUUAAAAAAAGAAGAAUUAUACAUGACAGGUCAUUAUGAAUGUUUAUAUGUUUUUACCAAACAACCAUAGAAUACAGUGACCAGUUACAUCACAAGCAGUUAACAACGGGAUUACCAUGAAGACAAUGACAAAAUAAUAAAUGAAAUGUUAUACAAUGGGUUAAAAAAUUCAAACCAAGAACAAAUAAAUCUUACAAGUCCAGCUAAGUGACUCUUGGAAACCAACAACGCCUUGUGCUCAUUUCUACUCAGUGCAUUGAAAUCUUUUUUUCCUUCCGGUGCCUACUCAGGGGAAAUUAAUGUUCUAUAUAACUGAUUGUUUUGUCCCAAACAAUAGUUGUUUUGCAACCAAAAGACUUACAAAGAUUAGAUGCUGUCGUCACUUCUUAGGAAAACCAGCACUUAUUAAAAUAUAUUUGUAAAUAAGGGGUAGUUAAAAUAUAUAGUUUCGACAUUGGGAAAUAAAAGCUAUGUUUUGUCUGCUUAUCUAGGAAUGCUUUGGAAUCAGUAUACCUUUUGCCUAUGAGUGUCCAAUGAAUCUCAAUUUAAUUCAGUUAAUAUUACAAAUAAGUAAAGAUUGUGGAAUAAUCCGUAAUGGCCUGGCUAUAGAAAAGUGGGAUUGUGAUCAGUGGCCAAUACCUGGAAUAUAGGUCAAACUCAUAGCAAUUUGUCAAAAAGUCAGUGCAUAUGUAUUAGGGGUGUGCAAAACAGCAGAAAUUCAUUCUGUUUUCUUUUUGAAUUUCGGGGGUCCCGUCCGUCUUCCCGUCCCCCUGAUUCUGUUUUCAGGAAGAUUCUUCCCGGAAACAGAAAUGAAACUCCAUAUCCCAAAUUAUGAAUUUGAACCCCCUCCCCUCAAAAAAUCUCCUGGAAUCUUCCUGAAAAUAGAACAGGAUGGGGACCCAAAAUUUGAAAGAAAACAACAGAUUUCUGCCAUUUUGCACACUCCUAAUGUGCAUGCAUCACAAUUAGGUAAGACUAGUAUAAUUCAGAUGCUGUGCAUCUUUAAUAAAACUGUCACAAAUGGGAAAACUGGGGUGUUUUCAGGUUUCUAUGCGUGGUCAGUGAACAAUAGGUAGUGUAGUAUUACAGAAGCUGGUUAGUAACCAAAGACUGAUCCCUUAAAUCAUUGAGUUGGGAGAGACCACAAGGGCCACCCAGUCCAUAGUUGAGAAGGGAAACCAUGGGGAACCUUAUGUAAAAGCAAGAGU